CAGCAGCUCCACUCGUCUCACCUCAGACAUGUCGGCAUUUUCGUCUACAGCCACGGCAGCGGACAGCAUGGUGGUCGUCACACAUGUUCACCGAACUAUCCAGCCUGUUUUACCUCGACAUUCUCCAGCUCCGGGUCAACGUCUCAACCCCGGAAACAACUACUCCUUGAGCGGAGGACAAUUGCAGGUGGUUGGGCUGGUGCAGAACAUUAUCGGAAUAAUAAUCGUCGUGUUUGGAAGCAUCAUGGCGGCAAAUAAUGAAGACAAACUGUCAGUUGACAGUGGUGUGUUCGCCUGGGGACCAUUGUUGUUCAUCAUUGCUGGAUCUGUGACGGUGUCUGCUGGGAUGUCAAUGAGCCAAUCUCGGAUGAAAUCUGCUGUGCGCUACAAUGUUGUUACCGCUGUGGCUUCAGUUCCCGCCGGCAUCAUCUUCUUUCUGGAUACUACCGAAAUUUGGAAGACAAAUGACAAUGACCAUCCUCCCUGGUUCCCUGACCAUGAUGAGGGUCGAUUUAGGUGGUUUACAGGUGUUUCAGCUCUUUUAUGCUUCUUUGAGUUUUGCUUGUCCAUGUGUGUUGCUGGGAACAGCUGCAGACGUCAACAUCAUUCCACAGCUCAGCCGUUAACCAUCACCAACCAUUUUACUGGGACUACUUCAGUGACUGCAGAAACACCACCUAUUCCGAUGGAGCCGCCCCCUCCCUAUGAGAAGCCUCCAGAAUACAGCAGCAUCAUAAACUGAGGGCCGCACCCUUCUGAGUGACUGGAAACAUCAUGAAGGGUGACAACAACCCCCAUCUCCAGCACCACCACCCUUGCCUUCACCACCUCCAGCAGCACCAGCACCAGCUCCACCACAACUGUUAAACUAUAUUACCACAGGUUCUUAGACUUUAAUUUCUAAUACUACAGCAGUUACUGACGACAGUGCACUCAGGGUGUGACCCUAUGUUUCAUCAGGUUUUGGGUUGAAUUCUUCCAUAAAUGUAAUGCUGAUGUUUGGCCAGCAGAUGUCACCUUUGUACAGUUUUAAACACUUCAGCAGCUUCACAGAGGGUUCAGAAAGCUUCACUACUUCACACUGAUGUGAUCCACUUCUAUAGCUCACGUCAUGACAUCAUUCACUCAGAAACAACUGGACACAUUCAGAUACUAACAGAGAGAAAACUGUUUAUGUUCAGAGGGAGGUUUGAACCUUGUUUACUGAAAAGUCUCUUGAAUUGUUUGACAGUUGACAAUGCGCUCAGAUCAGCUCAUUGUCAACUGUCAAACAAUUCAAGUGUAAGAUUUUUUAUUUCUGAGACACUUUCCUGGACAAAACCUUGUAAUGACUUAAAUGUUUGACAAAGUCUGAUCGAGAUGUCUCGAUGGUGCGAUGACUCAUAACUGAAUAUGCAGUAAGUUUUUCUUCUCUCGCUUUGAUUCAACUGUGAAAUAAAAUCAUGUGUUUCAAUUUCAAACUCUGCUGCACUGAAUCUGCUCAUCACGCCGACAGAAACAUCCUUUCAUUUUAUAGUUACAGUUUACUAAUAAAACUCUCUCUACAGUAUGAACAG